AUGGCGUCAAACCUCACGAAGAAAUUUCUGAAGGAGCAACGGGAAAACCGUGAGAAACAGCUCGAAUUCCUCUCCAUGAAGACCAGAUAUCACAAGAAUCUGGAGAGAGUCGUUCGGAGCCUGCGGGCUGAAAAGCGAAUGAGCGAGCAGUUGAAGAAGAGACUUGACGAUGCGAACAAAUUGAUCAAGUCUCUGAGCGAGCAGAAGGGUCUGACUGGUAUCGUGAAACAAGAGAUACCUGAGCAAGACACGCCGAGAGUUCAUAAAAAGAUCAAAGAGGAGAUCGAGGAGCAAAAAGAUGAGGAUCAAGAUUCCGAACUGGAAAAGCAGUCCUUUCCAAUCAAGAAAAGCCCAGAAACAGUUGCAAUUCACUGGUUGAAGAAAGAAAACAAACGAUUGACGCAGGAAUUGAGACUUCAGGAGUCGAGAUCAAAACCAGAGGCAAAGAAGAAAUCGGUACGGUCUCCCUUCUCCAUACGGUCUCCCUUCUCCAUACGGUCUCCCUUCUCCAUACGGUCUCCCUUCUCCAUACGGUCUCCCUUCUCCCUGCGAGAACGCCGUCUCCGUCUGCCGUCCUAUAUUGAUUUUUAA